UUUCAAGCGUGUCGUCCGCGACUCGGAAAGAAAAGAAGAUCGUGGCAAAAAGAUAGUGUCGACGCCUGUCGUUGGCGCGUCCUUGGCGCGGCGCGUCGCGUCGUGGCGUGCGCGGCGUGGCGUGACGUGACGCUUCCACCAGCUUCCACGGCAGACUGCCUCCACUUGGACUGCACUGGCUGAUAACUGGCACAUUGACGAUAAUACUUUGAAGACCGGCACUCUCUUGUGGGAGUCGCGUUGGCUUAAAAAAAAGUUCGCCGUACGUCAGCGCCAUCUCGGCAAACACUGCGGCUGCAGGAAGUCGUGCAGCGUGGAUGAUAAUCGCGCUUGAAUACAAUUUUCUGAAGAUAAAUAAUGUAUCGUGUGACAAUAAACAUUUAUGUGUAUAUAGUAUGUAUGUGUACACAUACAUCUGUGUAUUAUCGGAAUUUCCUCUCUCGAAGAAAUACAAACUCCAUUUAUUAUCAUAUCUCACUCGACUAUGUGUGCGCGUGCGCAUAAAUUUGAAUUAUCGAUAAAUUUCGUCGGUAAUGCAUUGUAGUUUCCUGAGAACAGGGUUCCGCGCCUAGGCGGCGCAAAAUCGUCCCCCACCUUUGGAAGAGUGAGUUUGCAUACCCUCUCGUGUAUUUCGUGCACGUACGUCAGGUAGUGCAGUACAGUGAGUAUGUCGUGUUCUUUGAUGCGUGAGUGAGAGAGUAAAAGAGAUAUAGAAAGGGAAACAAGAUUGUUGUGUGUAUACAUAUAUAUACAUCUGACUUGUGCGCGCUGUCAAGAAGAGUCUCCGAAGAGUAUCUCGCGAGUGUCACACGCCAGCGAUAACUCGUGUCUGAUUUCAUUUCGGAAUCGAGCACGAGCAAAAAUUGUGCAUAUCAAAUCGAUAACGUGAAAUCGUCAUCGACGUCGCCGCCGCUCACGGAGUCUCACGGUUGCGAAUGCGUAGCGGGAUGUCCGUGGGACUCGAUGACGCUCCCUAGUCACCGUAAACGGCACCGUGGAGCCUUCUCCGUCGCUCGCGCGAUUUGUUAAUUUCGUUUUUACUUAGCGUCUGCAUAUUUCCCUCGAGUGUCAAGUAUCAAAGGUUGAGGCCGCCCGAGAGAUGGAACAGAUAGGACAAAGUCAAGCGUCCAACGCUGCGAACAACAUCAACGACGGCUCGGACAACAAGGGCAGCUGCCUGUUACUUCGCUACGCCAGUCAGAAUUCCUUAGACGAGAGCUCACAGAAGCACAUUCCUCGUGAGAAUGGGAAGGACAAGCCACCGUACAGGAAUCAUCAUCACACCAAUCGAGCCUUUGAUGUCAUCAAUGAAAUGAGAAAGAAAAAUUUACUCUGCGACGUCAUCCUGGUGACAGACAGUGGCAUGGAAGUGCCAGCUCACAAGAUGGUCCUUGCCGCGUGCAGUCCUUACUUCUACGCGAUGUUCACGAGUUUCGAGGAGCGCGAUCAGCAGAGGAUAACGCUGCAGGGCGUAGACUACUCGGCGUUAGAGCUGUUGGUGGAUUACGUUUACUCCGCCGAGGUCCACGUCACGGAGGAUAACGUGCAGGUGCUCCUACCCGCCGCGAAUCUGUUGCAACUGACGGACGUGCGAGACGCCUGUUGCGAUUUCCUGCAGGCUCAACUGCAUCCCUCCAAUUGUCUCGGUAUCAGGGCGUUCGCAGAUCUGCACGGAUGUCUCGAGUUGUUGGCGCACGCGGAUAGCUACAUCGAGCAGCAUUUCUCGGAAGUAGUUGACGCGGAGGAAUUCUUGACGCUCGCGCCAGAGCAAGUGGCCAAGCUUAUUUGCAGCGAUCGUUUAAUGGUACCCUCCGAGGAGAAAGUAUUCGAAUGCGUUAUUUCGUGGGUACAUCACGAUCUUGAGAAAAGGCAGAACGAUCUGGCUCUCUUAAUGGAACACGUACGCUUACCUCUGCUCUCGCAAGAAUAUCUGGUUCAGCGUGUCGAGGAGGAGCCACUUCUCAAGGCAAAUCUGCAGUGCAAGGACUUCUUGAUCGAAGCGUUGAAGUAUCACCUACUGAAAGGCGAGCAAAAGUCGUUAUUUAAAACGCCGCGCACCAAACCGAGGCAGCCGAGAGGAUUGCCCAAAGUGUUGCUCGUUGUCGGCGGCCAGGCUCCGAAGGCGAUCAGGAGCGUCGAGUGCUACGAUUUCAAGGAAGAGAGAUGGUAUCAAGUUUCCGAGCUACCGACGCGACGUUGCAGAGCCGGACUCUGCGUUCUCGGCGGACGUGUAUACGCCGUUGGUGGAUUCAAUGGGUCUCUGAGGGUACGAACCGUCGAUAUCUACGACGCCGCGGCGGAUCAGUGGUCGCCCUGCCCCGAGAUGGAAGCAAGAAGAUCGACGCUUGGCGUGGCGGUGCUUGGCAACUGCGUUUACGCUGUUGGCGGCUUCGAUGGUUCGACGGGAUUAAAUUCGGCAGAGGUGUACGAUCCGCGGACCCGCGAGUGGAGACCGAUAGCUCGGAUGUCAACGCGACGCAGUAGCGUAGGAGUCGGCGUUGUCAAGGGAUUGCUCUAUGCAGUUGGCGGCUAUGACGGAGAGUCUCGUCAGUGUCUCUCGAGUGUCGAGUGUUACAAUCCGGAGAAGGAUCAGUGGAAACCCGUGCCCGAGAUGUCUGCACGUCGCAGUGGUGCAGGUGUCGGUGUCCUGGACGGCAUUUUGUACGCGGUGGGAGGCCACGAUGGUCCGCUGGUCCGCAAAAGCGUGGAAGCGUUCAAUCCUGAGACGAACCAGUGGACUCCCGUCAGUGAUAUGGCGCUUUGCCGUCGAAACGCCGGUGUUGUGGCUUUAAAUGGACUUUUAUACGUGGUUGGCGGAGACGACGGUUCCUCUAGUCUGGCGUCGGUGGAAGUGUACUCCCCGAGGACCGAUACCUGGACUACCUUGCCGACCUGCAUGGGAGUCGGGCGUAGUUACGCGGGAGUCGCGAUCAUUGACAAGCCGAUGGCGUCCGCGACGACGAUGUGAGGUCUACAGUCCGCUGGGCAUGCGA